CAGAGAGGGAGCACAGAGCUGGGGGGAUUUUUGCUACUCCUCCAGAUUUGGUCAUGGGAGUAUAUCCACAUUGGCCGUCCCAUUAUAGUUGGAUAUCAUGGCAUUGAUGGACAGCCACUGCCUGAUGAGCCUCCACGUCUGCUAGGACCACAUCAUGUACGGGGCGUGGACCCUCUAGGCCGUCGGUGGCUAUAUGCUGGUUUAUCUCGCAUGUCAUCCGCUACUGGCCUCGGUGUGUACAGGGAUGCAUUGGAUCGGAUGUCUGAGGACCAGAUCACAUGGAUGCCGUAUAGACCUGAUAUGUUAGCAGAGUUGCCCCCAGCUGGACGAGAGCAGACUCACAUAUGGCGAGCACGUUUGCCGCUGAUAUGUUUUGACAUUGUUGAGCUUCAUUUGCCUGAUAGAGUCAUGCGACAGUUUGGGUUUGAGCAGGUCAUUCCCCGUCCUAUCGACACUUAUGUAGAGCUGCAUAAGCUGGAUAGGCGUGGGAAGCAUACAGAGGAUUGGGCACUCAGACAUGUCCGAUACGUGACUAUGUGGGAUAGGAGAGCUGAGCUAGCCGUGGCUGGGACACCCACAUAUGUCCCAUCAGUUUCAGGAGAUUACAUGGGAUGGUACUACAGCAUCACUCGGUUGUUUGUGUCUCCUUCGUUCAGACUCCCUACUCAUCAUUAUCAGCCUAGCUCAUUGACAUUGCAUCUUACGACCCGAGCUUUGCAGCGCAUACAUCAGCGGGCUACUGCCACUGUGACUGAUAUUCCUGAUGUGGACAUGUAUGGACAGACUCUGACAGGCAUUGCCUCGUUAUGCUCAGAUGUGUUGGGUCGAGUAGACUACGGACAUCUUAUACACAUGCCCGCAUCUCAGGAGAUGGCAUCCACGUCUACUGCAGCCGCGGCUUCAUCAUCCCAGACGCAACAUGAGAGAGUGGUUCUUCAACCACGACAACGCCGUAGGCGUAGACAUGAGCAGCAACAUCUCCAUGACGAAGCUGAUGAUGGGAACUUGUAGUUUGUCUUUUGUAUUGUAGUUUUUCUAAUGCAAUAGAUGUUGUAGGAACAAUUUACAAGUUUUGAUGUAUUUUCUCUUGUUAAGUAUUCUAUGUUGUAUUGAUGUGUUUGAGUAUGAAUAUUACAUGAUUAUUUGUUAU